CCUCAUACUCUUCCCCUCCAUAAGAAAAGCCACUCCAAGGCACUAUACCAUGAAAUAAAUACACGUUCAAGGCUUCAUACCUGAACAUCCUUCUACCAACUUCAUCAGAACAUCGUGAAACCUGUGACAGCUUGUCAAACUUACUUCUAGCAAAAGCCAAGGCUCGCUAUCUUAUCUACAUUCAUUUCAUCCGUCACCUGCCUGGUGCGGGGCUGAAUCCAUCAUCGAACAUCAAACAUCAACUUCACCUUCAAGAAGGUCCCACAUUUGCCUUCCAAGGCAGUUCAUGUAGAACAUUACAGCUAUCACCAUGUCGGAUACUAUUCAAGCAAAGGUCACCCUCACAGCCUUGACGGCAGGCAUCUUACCCUUGAUUCGUACAAUCCAUCUACACGAAUAUAAUGAGGUCAUCCCGAUCGGGCGAUCGUCCAAGAACCCUCUGAAGCACCUCGUGGCAGCUACAGACAACUGCUGGGUCGAUAGCGAUGUCGUGUCCCGCGACCAUGCACGCCUCAAUUUUGACUCGGAUCUGAAGAGAGUAUUCAUCGAGGACACCAAUUCUAUGCAUGGCACCCGCAUCAACAACAAACAGAUCCCCAAGAACGACCCUAUCCCCCUGGCCAACAAUGACGUUAUAUCACUCGGUGCAGAGGUCAAGCGAGGCAUCGAGACCUACCCAGAGUGCCGCUUCCGUGUCAAUUACGAGCUUCUGCCGUAUUUCCCUUCCACAGGACGCACCUACCAGCUCCUCUCCGACGAUGAACCCUUUGAGAUUUCAGAUGACGAACCCUUUGAGGUUUCAGAUGAUGACGAAGAAAUCCAAAGAAAGGACAGUCCUUCCACCUCCACUCCCGAAGCGAAGCCGAAUACGAUGCCGGGAGCCUUGGAUGCCACAGCAGACGAUGACGAUGUCGUCGAGGUCGACCCACCUGUGUACGAGUUUUCGAGACUCCCCACCGAGACAGCAAGGCCCUUCCAGGCUGAUAUCGACGAGUCAAUGGAGGUCUCGGAUUCUGACGGCGAUUCUAUUGCCUCGAGUGACUGUGAACCAUCUGAGCGACCAAUUGGACGAGGCUCUUCCGUGGACAUCACGGCAGAACGCGCAUCUGUCCGAGCAAGCAUUGAAGCCGACGAUAAUAACAUUGAAGUUUCAAGCGACUCUGGCAUUGAAUUCUCUGAUGAUGAAGCUUCUUGGCCUGACUCCGACAACUCUGACGAGGACAUUGGCGGCUUCUUAGACGACAACUUUCUGGCGGCCUACGGAUCCCCUAACCCUGGCUUCGAUACAUCUGUGCCAGCCGAACCCGCAACCAACAUAUCCAAUACACCUCCAUAUGACCCAACGACUGAAGGCCAGCCCCAGUUGUUGAACCCAAAAUCAAGCACCCACCUCCCACGAAUCGAACGAGUCGAACAUGCCACGUCUCCAAACACGCAAGCCCCGCUCGCGCCCAUGUUCCCUCCCCUCGUCCCAGUUCCAGUUGACUCCGCUACCCUGACGCAUAUCGACGUAGACACCGACUGGUUGCCAACCCCCGUCAAGCCCUUUUCCAUGCCGAGCCCUUCUGACGCAGCCCUCAAGGGCCCUCGGUCCACGACGCCGCCGUGGCGGACGGAGAAACAAGAGUUCCUUGCGGCGCGUGUAGAUAAUCGUGCUAAGUUUGCGGCCCAUUGGAUGGACAUGGGGCUGAAGCACAUAGUUGUGGGAGGCGAGUUGUCUGCUACAGGUGGCUCCUUGGGAGGUUUCGCGUCGAAGCCAAAUGUAUAUAAUGAGCUGAAGAAGCCUGAUUCUACCAGCAAUAGCAUAAUCCCGGAGGGCGUCGUGUCGCUCCGAGAGAAGCCGUCCGUCCAGGCGAUGUUAUUGGAGUCUUCGAGGGACCUACCCCUGAAGCGCAAGAGCGAUGAAAUUACGGUUGACAGACCUCUCGAAGUUACCAAGGCUCCUGAGACAGCACAGGCUAUUGUUUCUGCGAGGAAUAUCAAGGCCAUAUCUGAUGCGAGGGCUAUGAGGAGAGCACAAGCACUUACAGCUGUUUAUGGACAUAAUAAGGCAAUCGGGGCCACGAACAUAGAUAUGACAACGGCUACCACCACAGCUACAGUCUCAAACACACUCACAAAGGCAGACAAACCCACCCCUGCGCCUACACCUGCUGUCAAAUCCACAACUGCAGCCGCAACCUCAGCGGCGUCGACAACCACUCUCGAGCCCACGCAACAAGACCAAGAACGACCUGCAAAACGCCAGAAGCAGGAAGCAACGAAGGCUGCAAAACGAUUCGCAUAUGCAACAAUUAGCGGCUUCGUGGCGGGUGCAGGUUUGUUUGUUGCCCUGGUGGCAACAGCACCGGAUUUCGGGGGAUUCGUGUGAGGAAGGUUCUUGACCUCGGAUCGGCUGGAGACGGUUGCACGCAUGCACGAAUGCACGUACGCACGCGCGUGAACGAAUAACGGCCCCUAUUAUAUUUUUUAUGUGUGUGGGAGGAGGGUUAAUAUCUGCAGCGAUUCUUUGAAAUGAGGUAUUUGGGUGUUUAGGGCGUUUAUUGUGGCGAGGGAGGGGAUAUCGAGCGUUAUGGGCCACUAUUUUUCGGAGAGUGUAGGAUGGGGCUUGAGCUUUAGUUUGUCUUUGGGGUUUGGGUCGGCGAUGAGGCGGGGUAGAUGAUUAAUAUGAUUAUGAAAUUUUACUGAGAUGCGUUGUUAUGCGUUUAUUUUGAGGGGAGGGGGGAUUUGACUGCCAGUGUUUAUUUUAAAUACCAAAACAUUACCUAAAUAACAUUUGCAAUCGGCAGG